GCAAAAAGCUCAUUUUCAAUCAUUUCAUAAACUAAUGAAUAUCUUUGACAAUGUAAAGACAGAAUUGUUCUAAUGAAGUGUCCGUGCGCGACUUGGCUGCUCGUUUGGUGAUUCUUAUAGGAAGUUAGUGGAGCGCUUGCACGCUUCACCGCAUCCAGCCGAAGCGUUCCAGUUGCCACUUCAGCAUAUCAUAGCUCCUAUCAUCUCUAUUAUGUAAGAAUCCUUCCAAAUAUCCAACAGAAAGAAAGAAGACACUCCAAGAGCCUGAAUGAACUUUUGAGGGAACUGUCAUGGAUUUGCUCGCACGGGAAUUAAACGCUUUUGUCGCUUCACUGAUUCACGUUUGAGUGCGCACGCGCACGCGCUUGAAGCAGGGCUGUCAAACGCAACGCGCAUGCACUGGCGGGUUUAUUUAACCGGCGUGCACCGCGCGUCCGACUGCUCCUCCGCGUUGCAGGACGUGCGCAACAGAUGCGCACAGGGGAAUAAGCCGUUAAUACCCGAAGGAGUCUCAGGAGAAACCCACCCAUCUUCACGCCACUCCUCAAUUCCACGCGAGCUGUCGUCACCUUGGUGGUAGCAGAAGAAUCGUGCCUUUUUUUUUUUUUUUUUGAUGUUUUGGGAAGGUUUUUACGCGUGUGGUUGGAGAGCGUGCGCCCCGGUGUAUGUUUCAACCAAAAGGCUUCGCAGGUGAGCCCCAAACUCGGACACGCGUGGAAUGACGGCGGUGCUCGUUGUUAGGGAGGAUGCCACCCAAGAAAAAGGGAGAGCGCCACGACUCGGACGCCGCUGAGGAAAGAAACGCCCAGGUUCAGUUGGAGAAAGCAAAGUACCGGCCUGUGGCUUUCGCCGUACGCUGCAACUUCUCCUACACGCCAGCAGAUGACGACAACGUGCCGGUGCCGGGUCAGGCCAUCACCUUUGAGGCUCGAGAUUUUCUCCACGUCAAAGAGAAAUUUAGCAACGAAUGGUGGCUCGGCCGGCCUGUGAAGGAGGACAGCGUGGUGGGUUUUAUCCCCAGUCCGGUCAAUCUGGAAACCAUCCUAAUCAGGAGGGAAGUCCAGGCCAGAAAGGCGGCCAAGGCCUUAGCCAGCAAAGCAGCAUCGCAAAUAGCUCAAGAUAUGAACUCAAAGAAAUACACGCCUCCUUCGCAAGCCAAUCAGCAGGUGAAAAAAAAGCCGGGCGAGCAGGUGUCCAUGUACGACGUGGUGCCGACCAUGCGUCCUGUGGUUCUCAUGGGACCUUCGCUGAAGGGUUUAGAGGUGACAGACAUGAUGCAAAAAGCCCUUUUUGACUUUUUGAAACAUCGAUUCGAAGGCAGAAUCACAAUCACACGGGUGACAGCGGACAUCUCGCUGGCUAAGCGCUCCAUACUGAACAACCCGGGCAAAAAAGCCUUAAUUGACCGCACCAACACCCGUUCUAAUUUAGAUGCUGCUGCCCAGAUCCAGGGGGAGGUGGAACGCAUAUUUGAACUGGCCCGCAGCUUACAGCUGGUGGUCCUGGACGCGGACACCGUCAACCAUCCUUUACAGGUGUCCAAGACCUCCCUGGCGCCCAUCCUCGUCUACGUCAAGAUUUCCUCUCCAAAGGUGUUGACCAGGCUGAUUAAGACCAGGGGCAAGUCUCAGACCAAACACCUCAACGUUCAGCUGGUGGCUGCAGACAAGCUGGCCCAGUGUCCGCCGGAAAUGUUCGACGUCAUUUUGGACGAGAACCAGUUGACGGACGCCUGCGAGCACAUUGCCGACUAUCUGGAGUCGUAUUGGAGGGCCACGCAUCCGCCUGAAAUGGAACCCAGCAACGAUCUGGUGGCCCGACUGGCCGAGAACACGCUGCCUACCUGUCCCACCGUCAUGCCGGACGAGCAAAAGGGCAAGAAGUCGGCCGCGUCCAAGAGGAAAGGUCCCCAUGACAACCCCUCCGGCCAGGAUCCCCCCUCCUCGGCCCAGCAGAAACCCGACGAGGGUCGGCGCGAGGACGAGGAGGAAGAGCCUCUCCUGUGUAGCGAAACCAAGCGGGCCCAGCACUCUCGCCGCCACCACCACCGCAAACCUGAAGCCAGUCACACCCAAAGACCAGAAGAUGAGGAGGAGGAUGGCGGCGGCGGAUGCUAUACCAACCGUGACCAUCGCCAUCAUCACCAUCAUCAUCGUCGCGACGACGACUACGACCACCGCAGGCCGCACCAGCAUUUCAUGGCGGACCCCGACGACCACCAUGGCAGAGAGCGAGAGAGGCUUCGGACCAGGGAGAGGGACAAGGACCACCGAGGCAGAGAUGCUAGACUGAGCCACAGAGACUCGCAUUUGCACUAGUUUCUUCUGCUCUGACGUCACACUUAAUGUGUGGAAAAAAAAAGCUUGACAAACAUGUAUUAUUAGUAUUGUAUAUUUGGAGCAUUUAAAAAAAAAAA